UGUGGAUAUGUUGAAAGGCACGUAAUGAUGGAUGGGAUUAUCAGUGUUUUGGGGGUCCUGACGCUGGUUCUGGAGGGCAUCUGGUGCCAGGGAGUGUACGCGCCACCUACUGUCCGCAUCGUGCACUCGGGUCACGCGUGUAACGUGGAGGAGGAGCGCUACUCUGAGCGGGUUUACACCAUCCGAGAGGGAGAGACACUCGAGCUGUCCUGCCUGGUCACCGGACACCCGCGGCCACAGAUUCGAUGGACCAAGACGGCAGGCAGCGUUUCGGACCGCUUCCAGGACUCCAGCGUGUUCAACGAAACCCUCCACAUCUCCAAGAUCCAGAGACAUCAGGGCGGACGGUAUUACUGUAAGGCCGAGAACGGUCUCGGGUCCCCGGCCAUCAAGUCCAUCAGGGUGGACGUCUACU